AUCUGCGUCUGCACCGUCUCCUCUGAUUUUGCCCUCUUCCUUCCUUUCUCUGUCCAGCGAGAGGCAUGGAGGCGCUCAAGCUCAAGGUGCCACCAGCCCUGUACUUGCUGCUGCUGCUCAUGCCACCACUUCUACUUCCUCCUGGAUGUGCUGCCAUUCGUCCUGAUCCCGCUCAAGGGCCAUCUGAGGGCAACAAGACCUGCACGGAGCUGAGCAAGAGGAGCCCCAUCCUCUUCUGCGAAGAACGCGCGUGCGCCGACAACUGCCGCAUCGAGGGUUUUACCGAGGGAGGAGCAUGCAACUGGCUGCGCUGCCUCUGCAACAAGCCCUGCUGAAUCUGCUGCUGCUGCUUCAGGAUGUUGCGACCGAUGCAACGAGUAAUAACUAAUAAGAUGCAUCAAAGUGUCGACGUGCAUUUUCACACACAAAAAAAGUAUUGAUGCGCAAACUGUAACCGCAGCAAGUUUCCUUGCUAAAGUUUAUCAACUUCCAGUUACGAGCUAUAUAAAUUUGAGGCAUCUAAAUAUCAGUUGUUC